AUCUGUGGUUAGUUUGCUGUGUGUUUUUCGGUAUGGCCAAUAGGGUUUUCAAGAAGACUAAUAACUAAUAGAAAUUCAAUGGAAAUUGAUCAAUAAACGCAGUCUAGCUGCAGCGUGCAAACGUGCCCGUCUCCUUGCCCUUGCAUAUUGAAAGGGAAAGGAGCGUCACAAAGUGAAAUGUUUGAACUGCUAGAUUGAUUUUUCAUUGUUAUGGUUAAGGUUCGAUUGAAUAUUGUUCUGAACAUAUGGCAGGGAAACUAUGGCAAGUCCAAUGGUGGAAUAUAACUUCAAAGCGGAAGAUCUGGUGAAGGCGGGCAGAACGAGCAGGUACAACAUCGACGGCAUCAGACAGUGGUUGGACCUUUUGCCGACGAUACCGCCCUUAUGUGAUGAGCAGAUUGCGAUUUUUCUGAUCGCCUGCAAAAACGACACUGAAGCGACCAAAAACUGCAUUCUGUGCUUUUUCAAAUAUAAGGCGGCAGCGCCGGAAAUAUUCGCCAAUCGCCAGGUGGAAAGUGAUGAGCUGACCCAAGUGCGCAACACCACAAAUUUAGCAAUCAUUCCUCAACGAACCAAAGAGAACUACGCCGUUUUAGUGGGCGUGCUUAAAGACACCAGUUACUCCAGCUUCUUCGUGGAUCCUCAAGUGAAGCUGCUCUACCUGCUGGUGGAAUUGAUGCUGCAAGACAAUCCCCCGGAUGGACUGGUGGUAGUUCUCAAUUUGAAGGGCGUGGGACUGAUGCACAUAACGAGACUGAAAAUCAGCACCGUGAAGAAAUUCUUCCAGUUCUUGCAGGAGGCGAUGCCGACGCAAUUGAAGCAAAUUCAUAUUAUCAAUUCAUCGUACGUCUUCGAUAAGAUCCUGAUGGUGCUGAAACCUUUCAUGAAUCGGGAUCUUUUCGAUAUGAUUGUUCCCCAUUCAAGCAGUGACGACAUGGAUGCCUUCUAUGCAAAUCACCUAUCCAGAGAUCUUCUACCAGCCGACCUCGGUGGCGAUCUUCCCAAUAUCGAUCAAUUGACCGAAGAAACGCUUUAUCAGUGUCGGAAGAGCAGCUCCUACCUCAACUCGUACGAGCGCCAAAUUGAAGAGUACCAAGAAAACAGCAGCUAGAAGAAACUACAUUCUUGUUCACAUUUCUCAACGUGGGUCAUUGCUGCAAUAAAAAGAGUUUGUUGCAAUUGUUGCCCA